AUGGCCCACCCUCCCGACCAAGGGCGCGCAACGCCCACCACUGAGCCUCGUGGCUCGUCAUCCAGGCUCGUGCCCACGGUGUCAGACGCGACGACCUCGUUGCCCCUACCGCCCGACAACACAGUCACUCGCUCUGGAGACACUACUGCCGGCAGCACGCUGCCCGUGGUCCUCGACGACGAGCUCCAGCUGAUACUGCACUCCGCCACCAAUGUAUAUCCGCAAAGGCUGCGGCCGGGCUCCGACUCUUCCGGUCCAAUUUGGCUGGCCUAUGCCCGUGUAACGAGGCGUGAUCCAGCUAUCAGGUACCUCGAGGACCGCCAGAGCACCCAGAGCCGCCGUGUGGGCAAGUUUAGCGAGCCCACAGCGGAGAUGGAACGUGCUGCGGCCGCUCUCUUCCCUGGUACAACUGCACCGGUUUUCUGCGGUAUUUGGUUCCACAGUGUCCCCAGCGCCUCAUCCCCGCUUUCGGCAUGUCAGGCCGAACAAGACGUCGAGAGGUGCCUCGUUUCAAUGGUCUCACCUUCACUCAACGUUGCAAGAGGUGGCGUACGCUCCAGCAUCCCUUCGAAAAGUCUCAAGCCUGCUCCCCAUCUCGACCAGCUGAACCCCAUCCACCCUGCCCUUGACGACCUCAAGAUCAAGGCUACAGCGCUUAUCAAAGAUGGAGUGCGCCUCAUGGCCCACGAUGAUGAUGGGUCGCUCCCCAGCGAGUGCGCCAUCGCACAUCCGUCUCCCCCCAAGAUCCUCAUCCACCAGACAUCUCCACGCUGGCUCAAAACGUCAGCGUCGGCAAGGCGCAUCUUGGACCUCCACGCGCCCAAGACCGACCCCAUGCCCAGUCCAAACCACAAUAGCCAGCUGUUCAAGGCACAGUAUAUCAAGGGCAUGGUCAAGCAGCUUCUCCCGGAACAAAACAAGCCGCUCUUCUCUUACCCGUGCAGCAAUUGCACCUUCUACUCCCGCGAUGCACGAUGA